AUGUGCCCACCGAUGUCUCGCACCCUUCUUUCCAGCCCAGCCCCACCUGACACCAGCGGCCCUCCCCACGUGUACGCCUGGAUCUGGGACCCGCCCCCGACACCUGGCUGCCGGAGGCCGCACCGCACUGGCUGGGAAGGGAGCCCUGGGGCAGGGUUCUCACUGGCCCGGUUUGCAGCUGCAGAACUGUUUUUGACAAGAUGCCCAGCCCUGUCCCCAAAUGUGCCAGCCCAUGCUUGUCCAGCCCUGCCUGGUUCAUGCAUACCCACCACCCCUGAACUCCAGCCUCACCCAGGCCCCCCACCCCGCCUGCUCCCACCAGCCUGCAUUUUGUCCAGCGUUGACCUUUCUGUUUCAGUGACCCGUUUGGCCCUAGGCCAGCAAGGAGUGGGUUACUCUGUCCUGGGGCCUGGUCUCGCCCAACUCUCUAUGGCAGGGGCUUCAGGCUGA